UUGAGGAGUCUACGGCCACUAGGGUCGUGGCAAUCGGUAUUUACAGUGCCCGAAUUGCGACAUUUAUAUGCAAUAAUCAAUAAAGAAGAUGUGGGUUCCACCAGAAAGAGGAUCCGGAGCACAUAGAAGAUGCGGACAAGAAUCGACUUUCUGCUACAACUGCGACAUCGACGUUCAGUAUCGCUGAGGAUAUAUAAACAGAUAUCCAAUUGGAAGUUUGACCAAAACGGAAGAGCAAACUUCUGCGGAGGCUACAACGGCGACUGGAAGUGCAGCUGAAGAGAAAAGCGACAAUAUCGAAGUUCUCCAGUGAUGACCACAACAGCGACACCAACAAUGGAGCUAAAAAUGCACUACAAACGAAACAAUGGCUGUUCUAAGGCAUCAGCCUCAAAAAAGGACGUCUCUCACAUGGAGGCUUUGGCUUCGCCAACAAUGAAGCGAUCGACAACUUCCUCAAGAAAUGCAAUCAGCUGUAUUAUUGCAACAAACGAUGACACCUAUAAGCCGCAGAAGUUCUUUAAAGAGGCACGACUUCACUUGGCAUGGGAACCGCCACCUGAGCAAAAGACCAAGGUGAUGGUGGCAUACUCGGUUUAUCUGGAUGUCACAUUCUCUGGGCCAUGCAGAAUGUUCAGGCACGAACAUAAGGAUUGCAAGCAUGAUCAUUUCGUCAAGAAUACUAACAAUUAUUAAAUUUGUAUUUGUCCUGUAUAUUGUUAAGAAAUCCACAGAUAGCAGUUCUGGACGUUACACACUUUGGCCCCCCGCAGAAUGUUCACGCAUGAACAUAUGAAUAUACGAAGAUCGUAUACAUGCCUCCGACGCACUCUACGACUAGCAGGUAGUGCGCUGGGAAAAGAUAAGGGUCACAUGUACGGACUGUAUAAAUAGACAAAUGGACACCAACCCUUGCAACACCAGAGUCAGAUAUGUAAGAGACAAACACUGAGCCUUACAACCUCAGCGAUAGGAUAAGAAUAGCUAAUAGACUCACGUGGAGCCUUACAAACUCAGCGAUAAGAUAAGAAUAUGUAAUAGACCAAUGCUGAGCCUUACACACUCAGCAAUAGACGCACU